UUCAAAGACCAUAUAUUUAAAGGAAUCUUCUAUAUAAGAAGAUUCGAUUAAACAAGUUCUCUUUAAAUUCCCCAUUUGUGUUAUCAACUUACACGCACACUUUAGAUUGAACUUUUUUUUAUCGAUCCAAGUACGCAAUUCGUUGAAAGUAACUUUAACAACUUCGUUUACCAUGGAUUUUAGUAUUAGAAAAUGUGUCAUAGAAACACCGUUAAAGAAAGAGAGAAAGAAGAAGAAAAAAAAGAAUAAGAAGAAGAAGAAGAAGAAGAAGGUAGUAGCGUUGGGAGUAUUGUUAGGAGGAGAGAACGACCGCGCGGAAUGUCGUCUUCGUAGUGAAUGCUUGGGAGGGGAGGGGUUGCAUAGAAGUGAAGAGAGAAGGAGGAUGAGGAUGAGGAGAAAUGGGUGGGUGUGUUAGGAGAGGAGAGGUGAGGGAUAGUGAAGAAGGGUGCAGAGCGGUACCGGUGUACUUGGGGGUGGUACUGGAGGGAGGAAGGUGAACGCGCGUUCGUUUGAGAGAGAGAGGAAGAGGGAUGGGUAGGGGUAGGGGUAUGAAGAGGGGUAGAAGGAAAGAGAAGAAGGCAUCGUUCGCGAGAGCCACAGUAGUCGGUGCGUGGAGCGCAGGCGUGCGCCUCCUCGCGGCUAGAAUCCCGCCGUAUUCCAAAGAGGAACACGCCACUCCGCCCCCGGCACGGCAGCCACGCGUCACUCUCACCCGACUGACCUCCUCCUGUCCCUAACUUGCUCCUUCGAUUCCUCGCUAAGUGUUCAACAAACCCCUGUGUGACUUUAACCAUUACAAUUCGUUCAAGUUUAAUCGUUGUUAAUCGUUAAUCUUUCAUCAAUCUCGUUCAUUGUUUUUACGUUGAUCGUGUUGUUCAUUUGUGCGUGCGAGAAAUUUAAUCAGUCAAUCCUAAUUUUUCGUUAUUAUUAACAUUAGUAUAACCAACGUAACGAUUUUUAACAAAUAUAUAUAAAUAGGAUAUUCUUGUAUAUUUUUUCUUAUAUUUUAUCUCUUAAAGUUACGUACACACACACACACACACAGGACACACAUAUCUCGAAAUGCCGGUUACUACGAUCGUUAGAUUGAAGAGGAUAAAACGAUCCGAAUUGUUAUCAUUGGGAUCAAGAAAAUAGAGAUAAUUGUCGUCGAGUGGUGGUGGUGGUGGUGGUGGUGGUUAUUAUUGUUAGUUUUGGAAAGUUCAUUGGGGGAAUGGUAAAGCAAAAUCAACGCAGAGGAUGCAUUGUCGUUGUCUAUGAUUCGUAAGAUCGAUUUGAAUAGAAGAAAAGGAUAUAUGACGAUGGAGAAGAAUAGAACGGUGGAACGUUGGAAAAAGAAGAUGAUGAAUGAGUGAGAAAACGAACGAACGAACGAACGAACGAACGAAUGAACGAACGAGAGACCUCACCGACGCUCAACAUAACGGAAAUAUCUGUGCUUUUGUAGAAAUAUGACCGAACGAAAUAAUUCUACAGACGGUGGGACGAGUUUCACCUGGGAGACAAGAGCAUCUACGAAUAAUGGGGAAGAAGAAAGGGAUGAUUGUGUAAUUCAAUAGACCCUCACUUGCCUAACGUUUCGUGUGUUUUUCACGAAAGACAACCAUAUCCCAUUUUACUUUUUCUAUUUCUUCGUUUCUUUUUCAUUUUUUAUUCUUGUCUUUUUACGUAUUAAUUAUUAAUAUCUCUUUUAGUGACGAUUGAACAUUCGAAUGAAAUCAGUGAAGAAUAUUUUAAACAGUGCAAACUGUGGGUUUCCCCGUUUUCUUAUCUUUCCGACAAUAUUUACGGGGGUUUUUUUUUCGGGUGUAUCUUAUGAUAGAUAUCAAAAGUUUAGAUUUUUUUUUCUACAUUUUUCAAGAAAAGUAAAAAAUCUGUUAACUUUUUCCAAUGCAACAUUCUACUCGUGUUGUUGUUAAUUGCAUAGAUUGAGAGAUUAGUGUAAAAAAUAAAAAAAAAAAAGGUUAGAGAACCGUAUAUGUAUAUGUAUAUGGUUAGAUUAAAGUUGACGUUCGAAACGGCAACACGGCGUGAAUCGACUAUCGACCACGUGCCAAGGUUGGAAAAGUCCUAGACUUUCGUUUUACGUUCGACACACUUUUCUCUCUCUCCUUUAUUUCUUUUUCUCUCUUUCUCUCAUUGAAUCAUUACCUCUCAUUGUCUAUAUUUUUCGAAACCGAAGCUUUUUUUUUCAUUGUAAAAAUCGAAAACAAGGGCCUUCUGUUAUUAAAAUACGCGUACAUCGACGAGAUACACUUUGUUGUUCUCUAGUUCUAUAAUCUCUAGACAAAAUAAAUAAAUAAAAUAUAUAGAAAAAAAGUUAGAUUAAUAAACGUUGUUGAUGGUAGUGAAAUCAAAUUUAUCUUUAAUAACAUUUUCGAAAUUAAUGACGAAAAGGAAUAAAUAAUAAAAGAAACACGGACGAUUAUAUAGUUUAGCGUUUUAGAGAUUAGUAAAGUAUAUAUGAAAUAUAUAUAUAGAUAUAUAAAUAAAUAAAAGUGUUAUUUAUACAUUUUAAUGUUUUCCAGUUAAAAAGUUGAAGGAAGUUACUAGUCAAGGAUCAUUAUUCCAUUGUUAUCGUAUUUAUCUUGGUAUAUAAAAAAAAAGAAGAGAGAGAGAGAGAGAGAGAGAAAGAGAAGAAUUUAAUCGAGUGCCUGGUAAAAAAGAACUCGUGAAUAAUAGUAAAUAAAAAAAAGAAAAGAAAUAGAAAACACGUACGUCUAAAAUAGAGUAUUAUAGAAAAAAGGAAGGAAGGAAAGAAGGAAUUCACAUUCACGCACAUUCAUCUACUUGUACACACUCACAUACCUACCUACACACAUACACACACGAUGUAGAAUAAAAACGGUCGAAGUAGACGGUUUUAAAGUGGCCGCGAACAUAUCGAUCUUAACCAAGUGCAACAUGUCCCGAAAUAUCCCGAUAAGUUACACCGACGAGUACGACGUGAAUGUACGGAUCUGCGCGCGUCGAGUGGCUUCGUGAAAUACGCGAUAAAACGUAGCCAAACGUUUUCCUCUAACAGAGAGAUUCGCUUCGUUUCGUUUCGUUUCGUUUCUCGUUUCGGAUAAUGCACGGCUGGGAAAGAGACAACUGAUAAAAUUCGAUCUGUUGAUCGAUAAGAAUUCGAAAGGGAAAGAGAGAGAGAGAGAGUUUGGACGUCGAUCGAAUGGAUCGAACGUGCCGGCUUCGGAGGAUCACGAAGCCGGGCACCUAAUCCAAAUGGGCGAACCGAAACCCGCUUCGUCUCCGCAGCCCAACGGCGGAGUAAAGCAAAAACCGACUAGCCUAAAUCUAGCCCCUGGUCCAACUUUCUAUCGUAACGUUAAUGGACGAGCAAGCCUGAAUGAUCGUCAUCUACAGCACGUCACCGCUAUCAUCAGCGGUGGACACCCGGCACGCGUCGGCAAGCCUAUCUCACCGAGUCCCAUUCACGUUAAUAACGAGCCCGGUAUUGGGGAUACAACAUCAUCGAAUACCAAUCACCAAUUAUCAACGAAUUUACACUCGACAGGAGUAUUGCUCCCAGCUUGGGCUCUUUCUGCGGAACUUGAAAAUUUCUUGGAGCCUCCGCCCCCACCAGCUCCAUCAUCACACCCUACGAUACCGACCAGGACGAACUCACUCGGCGAGCAACAGCCGCAGCAGCAGCAGCAACAACAACAGCAACAGCACAAUAAUUUGCAAUCAUCUGCAAUCAAUCAGCAACUGUCUUCCCGUAGCCCGAGUCACAAUGGUCACGGAUUCCCCCUCUACACUCCACCAGCUCCAAUACCAGCAUCCGGGGCAAAUAAAAUUCGCUCUACUCCCAACGGAUUACCACAACCAACAGCACCGAGACGUCCUCAUAGUAUUGCCGCUCCACCAUACCAUCACGGAAUCACCUCUCUCCACCAAUCAUACGGUCAGCUCCCUUGUAGAACAACAUCGUCGGCAUUAUCAUCAUCAUCAUCAACGUCAUCAUCAACAGCACCACCACCACCACCAGCAUCAGCAACAUCAGGACCAACAGCAACACCAUCAGAUACAUCUUGGGCAACGAUCGGUCCAACAACAAAUUCAUCAUCAAACGGUAUACCCGGGAUGGUACAACGGCGUGCCCAUUCGGUCGCCGGUACUCCAGUAUCUCUAUCCACCGGUUGCAACGACGACAAUGACGGUGGCGGCGGCAUCCCAAUACAACAGGAAUCAAGAAGCAACGGGUCAGCGCUCUGCAAUAAGAACGGCAUCACCGUGGUAUCCUCGAGUCGCAGCGUUGUACCACCCCAAUCUUUGUGGAACGGGCAACUUCAACAACCCGUACCUAGGCGGCCACACAGCAUCGCCUCCACACCCGUUACAGGUUCAACAGGCACGCCUGUUUCAUCUUCAACAGUUACACCAGCCGGCUUGUCCUCAGCCACUCGUAUACCAGGCGAGCCCAUACAAUGGGGUUCCUCAGGGAUGGUGUUGCACCAACCCAUACCUCGCAGGGCGUAUCCCUCGACCCUUCCACAUCCACAACCACCAACGCCCACGACACAAGGGCCCGGCCUGAGCGUUCUUGUUAAUCCUGGAAAUUCAAACACUUGGACACCAGGCGCCGGGCUUCGCGCAAGACCCCAUAGUAUAGCAUCGACUCCACAGGGUGCACCGAUUCCACCAGCCUCGCCUUCAGACUCUGGCUAUCGAUCUUUACCUUCGUCUUCGAGCGAUUAUCAAAUAUUAAAAUCGCCCUCGAGAUCUCAACAGCGCAACAAACCUAACCAAAGUCAACAACAGCAACAACAAAGUGCAGUAAGACGUCUCUCUCUUCCAUCUGCUCAAACUCUUCUUCGAACCAACGCACCAAGACCGAGUCCGACCUUCCACGGGCUCCCGUUUCGACCAUUUACCUGCGGAGUUUCACCAAACGGUAAUCCUAUCUUUUUGGGAUGCACUCAUCUCCACGGUGGUGGUGGAUCAGGAAGCGGUUCGGCCAGCGGUUCCGGAAGCGGAUUCGCCACUGGCAGCACCGGCACCAGAACUUCGACACCGGCAACUAGUCCAGCGACGCCUCUGACUACCUCCCAAGCAAUACAACAGCUACUGGCACAACCACGGAACGGCUUCAAAAUCGUCGACGACAAGGUAUGUAAUAGAAGACUAGUACGGGUUUUGCUGUUAGCGGUAAGUCAACGAUUUGUUGUAAAUUUUUUUCGACAAAAAUUUACCAAAACGAUCAUUUGUCAACGAUGGGUGUUGACACAACACGUACGUUAUUUCAAAUGGGGUAUUUAAAGGUUUAUACGUUCA